CACGCCUCUCGGGUCGGUUAACCACCAGUGUCCUAGAAACGAAAAAUCCUAGAAAUGCAAGCAUAUUAUCUUGUUUGAUUUGACGGGUUUCGUUGCUCUAUAUCCGAAACCUGAACGGCCGAUUGCUGGGGAUGUUGACCACGUGGCUCAAGUCGUACCUCCCUACCCGGCGUCUGCUAAGUAGUUGGAGAGAAGACUUUUAUGAGUCAUUUGAAGAAACCCCUCUGAUCAUAGCUAUCAUCACAUACAUCGGCUAUGGCGUCCUCGUCGUUGUCGGACAUAUCCGGGACUUCCUGCGGUCACAAGGAUUUGAAAAGACAAAGGCAAUUACAGAAAUUAAACUUCCCGGGUUUGUGCCACUCUAUGCCAGUUGGGAGAGUUUCUACACACGGAAUCUUUACCGCCGUGUGCGGGACUGCUGGAACCGGCCUAUUUGCAGUGUGGCUGGAGCACAUAUGGACACACUGGAACGGGUCACUCCUGACCAUGGGUGGAACUUUGAGCUGACAGGCAAGAAGAAAACUGUUAUGAACUUUGGGUCGUACAACUACCUCGGUUUUGCCGAAAACACAGGGCCAUGUGCUGAAGCUGUGGAGGUCACCACCUUGGAGGAGGGGGUGGGAGUGUGUGCCAGUAGACAGGAACUGGGUUAUUUGGAAAUUCACAAGGAACUGGAUGAGUUGAUGGCUGAAUUCCUGGGAGUCGAGGCGGCUGUCACCUUCCCAAUGGGCUUCGCCACUAACUCUAUGAAUAUGCCUGCCCUCGUGAAGAAGGGCUGCCUCAUCCUGAGUGAUGAACUGAACCACGCCUCCCUUGUCCUGGGAGCUCGCCUUAGUGGAGCUACAAUCAGAAUAUUCAAGCAUAAUAAUAUGAAGGAUUUAGAAAAGAAACUCUGUGAAGCUGUGGUCCAUGGGCAGCCUCGAACUCACCGGCCAUGGAAGAAAAUACUCAUUGUUGUAGAGGGGGUGUUCAGCAUGGAAGGGUCAAUAGUGCGACUCCCUGACAUUAUCGCCCUUAAGAAGAAGUACAAGGCAUACAUAUACCUGGAUGAGGCCCACAGUAUCGGAGCCAUGGGGCCCCACGGCCGCGGUGUCGUAGACUACUUCAAUGUUGACCCACGAGACGUGGAUGUGUUGAUGGGUACAUUCACCAAGAGCUUUGGUUCAGCUGGAGGAUACAUUGGAGGAACAAAGCGCCUCAUCAAACACUUGAAAGUGAAUUCACACAGCGCCAUCUAUGCUUGUGCCAUCUCCCCUCCCGUAGCCAGGCAGAUCAUCCACUCCAUGAAGAUCAUCAUGGGCAAAGAUGGAACUAACAUAGGUCAGAGUCGCAUUCAGCAGCUGGCCUGGAAUACCUCCUACUUCCGCAGAGAGCUUCAGAAAAAAGGCUUCAUCGUCUACGGCAACAAGGACUCGCCUGUGGUGCCCUUGCUCUUGUACAUGCCUGCCAAGACAACGGCAUUUAGUCGUUUAUGUUUGGAGCGAGGUCUCGGUAUUGUGGUGGUUGGAUUUCCAGCUACUCCUAUCAUUGAAUCUCGAGCCAGGUUCUGUCUGUCUGGUGCUCAUACCAAAGAGAUGCUGGACAAAGCCCUGAUGAUUAUUGAAGAUGUGGGGAACAAGUUGCAUCUGAAGUACUCACGUCUGCCAGUUCCAACAUACACGCGUAAGGAUGACCCAGAGCCCCAUCUUCAGUGAAAUACUCCAAGCACGUCCCGAAAACCAGGAACAAAGUGUAUGUUACGAACAUGCACCUCUGCAUGGUGAUGUCGGCCAUUUUGAAUGUCUUCGUCACUUUGUGGACCAAGUCCAUCAGCUCAAGUGUUUACCGUUUGUUGCCAUGGUUACCUGCAUGAAAUCUCACAAUGAUCUCGCCAACCAAGUAUGAAGACUAUACGCUCAACAUCCUAACAUAGACUUGUUCACCAACACAAAGCCAAUGUAAUCAGAAGUGUGAUGUUCAACAGAAAUCCAAGGAUGCGUGAAAUGCAGAACUUUCUACCUGGGUGUUUUACUGAUCCACAUGACACAAAGAAUAUUUGUGUAUGUUUGCUUUAGGGCUGGGACGAAUCCAAGUUAACUCCCCGGGUACCCAUCCCCCUAUUACCUGACCCUACCUGGGUACCCACUGUAGGUCUCAAGAGAUCGAUAUAAAUUGUCCAAUUUGGAAUAAUUUGACUGUAGCCCUGGCAAAAUGUAUUUAGAUACACAUACUGUAUAAGACGAUCUGGUUAUGCGUACACUGAUGUUGACUGAAGUUUUAUCUUUAUUCAGACAUAUAAAUGUCAGAAAGAAUGGGUGCAUAGUCAGAAACAAAUGUGGACACUAGUGACUUGUAGUGUUCUAGAUAGGUUUUGCCAUUAAACAAUAUAUCAGGUGACUAACCACGAGUCCGGGUAGUCCUGUGGGUAACUGGGUCCUACUUAGGACCCACCCAACCCGAGUACCCGAGUUACCCGUCCAAGCCCUAGGUUGCAUAUCUUUAACUGCUCAAUUUAGGAAAUGAUUACCAUGGUUUAGACAUGAAAGAAAGAUGUCCCCAGGACUAUCAAGUUCCAUAUUGGUAUUUUGAAAAUAUCACAAUAUAUCAGAAGUCAAUUAUUGGCACUGUAGAAAGUAUGGAAGAUGCUGAAUAGAAGGUUUAUGAAUGACGAGUAAAAGAUUUCAGUUUAUCAAAUUUAUUAAAGUAUGUCAUUUCAAAGAGUUUCUAUAAUUACUGUUGUUAAUAAUACAUAAAGAAUAAUUACAUAAGGUUAAAUAUUUUCAAGGAGCAAUAAUUUGAUUUGUAUUAAUAUCCCCAUUUUGUGUAUCAAGGUACACGUUGUAACAACCUACAAUACUACAGUAGUGUCGUCAUGAGAUGAGUCACCAGUCAGUCACUCAUUAAUAGAUGUAAUGUUUUAGGUAUUUUGAUGAGUUCAAAGUUGUAUAUAUCUGUAGUACAACUGAAGGUUGACCGUGAAGUUUCUGUGAACAUACGCUAAAUAUGUUUUUGAUGAAAGCUCAUCUGACAUGAGGUAUUGUUUUGCAGCUACGUUUGUUAUUAUUUAUUGCUUGUUGGGUGUUAUCUAUUUAUUUGAAUAAGUCCUUUUCAAAACCUUGUUUAUCAUGACCUUCACCUUGUUUCAUUAUGCACAGCAUACAGAUAAGGAUUAAAAAUAGGGAUAAUCGUAGAACUAAUUUCAUAACUUCUGAUACGUCGAGUACGUGGAAAUAACAAAACCUCGUUCUCUCCAUCUGUACUUCCAAGGUAGUAGAGUGCCAAUAUAAUUCUGUUAGUCAUGGGGGCCACAAGUAAUUAUUAGAUUUUCUAUCUUUAAUUUCAAAUGUGUGAUGAAGACAUAAUCUGUUAUUCUUUUAAGAACAAAAUCAGAAACAUAUGUUUAGUUUAACUUUCAAUGAAUUUGAUUCACAGGAACUAUGGACAAUGUAUAUCAUGACGUUAUGAAAGUAAGGAAUGCAUACAAAGAUGUUUUGUCGUAUGUAAGUACUUGCAAACAAUCAAAUUAUGUAUGUGAGGUGGGUAUUUGGUAUUGAGGUAGGCAGGGAUGAAAAUCUAAUAAAUUUGUUGUGGCCUAAACAUUCUCCCAGCCCUAUAAAGUAAACCGUUUCUGUUGACGAGGUUUCACGGUACAUCUUAUCUGACUUGUCCAAAUCUGUGUUACACAGCGUCAAAUAAUGAGAAAUAUCGUGAAUCUGAGAACCAUAAGUUAACACUGUCUAUAUGUAGCAGGGCAUGGAGUCAUCCCACAGAUGACAUCCUUACCUUGUCAGCUUGCUGACGGGGUUAUCUCUUUGGUCAUGUGGAUAAGGCGUUCAACCUCUGAUCAGAAGGUCUGUGGUUCGAAUCCCAUCACUCAGAAAUUUUAUGGCCGCUACAUUGGCGCCCAACGCGGGGCUGAGCGUGUUCAUAUUAACUUUGAGCAAAAUAAGCCUCAGUACCCUACCAUGCCGCCCGGGACAUUCCUUCUGUUGACAGGGGAGUAAUACCACUGCUGCUACCAUACUCAGCAGGCUGACAAGGUAAGGAUGUCAUCUGUGGGAUGAGGAUGUCAUCUGUGGGAUGAGGAUGUCAUCUGAGGGAUGACAACACGCCCCGCUACAUAUAUAUCAAAUUGAAAACACUUGAAAGAUAAUGGCAAAUGCCCCCCCCCAAAAAAAAAAUAAAAAAAUUAGCUCUCAUUUCAACAAUUUGAUAUCCCAAAGACCUUAAUGUUUCAUAGUUUCGAGAAUUCCAUUGUUUUGCAUACAGUUUUUUCCAUUUCCAUUUAUCAAAGAGUCAUUUGCAUAUCAAAACUUUGGAUUCUUUUUGCAAAUUGUUUUCUCUCUUCUGGACAAUUAUCACAAUAAUAGCAAUAGUACAAUGCAAGAUUAACAGACAGGGAAAAGGUUUUGAGAUUUUGAAAGCUUCAUGAAUUCGGAGUCUUUUCCAGGGGAGAUAAUCGUAAUGCGAACACGGGGACACUUCUUUACGGUGACUUCAUGGUGUAUGCAUUUACAGUUCUGAGGAGUUGAUGUCAGAAGAGUCUCUUCUUGUUUCCCAGGAGAAUAAGGUAGUGCUUCUCUGAUUUCUUUACAAAUACACACGAAGCCUGCACCUUAACACAAUUACCUAGCGUACAAUAUUACGACACACGCUAUGUAGAAUACAGUGGAAUCCCAUUGCAAAAUUGUCCUUACAAGCUUUUUUAAAAUCAGUAUUUUUGGGAAAAGUUUGUUUUAAUUAACUAAUGUAUUGAUGCAUAGUAGUUUGUAUAGUGAGUUCAUUUAUCAAUACAAAAAAAGUUUGUGUAUUUAGGACUUUAUUUUUAAUGGUUUGUCUACAGUAAAGCUAAUAAAAACCCUACUCCCUCACUCACUGAAUCUGCAGGUGUAAUGUAAUGGAACUGUGAAAGUGAUGUCCACGUUUGACGAGACUAAAAACAGCAACUGUUUGACCGCCGUCAUAUACUUGUAGCUGGAAUAUUGCUGAGUGAGGCGUUAAACAACAAACAAACAAACAAAAACUUUCUUUUGACAUCAUCGGACAAGUACUCAUCUCCUAUCUGAUCAUGAAGUUUUUGUCUGACAUGAUGUGAAUAACUAUGCAUCUACAAGUACAUGCAUUAGUAACAAUACUGUGAAUGUGAUUUUAGAAUAUUUUUAUAUGACUAUUUAUCAAACAGUUUACUGAAUAGAAACAUUAUUUAUGACAUGUUGAUCUUGAUUGUGAUGGAUCUCGCCAGAAAUCACUCCAGUCUUGAUAAUAUUUGGGUAUUGCUUGCUGAUUUACAAAGAUCAGCUGUUUUGUGUUUAGUUUUCAGUCACUAUAUUGUGUAUACAUUUUAACAUUUUUGAAGUCAUAAUUUCCCCCAAGUUUGGGUAAAAAUAAGAUUACUAUGGUAUUCACCUGAUUUGGUUAACAUAAGACAACCAUGGUAUUCACAUGAUUUGGUUAACAUAAGAUUACUUAGGUAUUCACAUGAUUUGGUUAACAUAAGAUUACUAUGGUAUUCACAUGAUUUGGUUAACAUAAGAUUACUAUAGUAUUCACAUGAUUUGGUUUGCAUAAGAUUACUUUUGUAUUCACAUGAUUUGGUUAACAUAAGAUUACUAUAGUAUUCACAUGAUUUGGUUAACAUAAGAUCACUGAUAUAAAUAUGAUUUGGUUAGCAUAAGAUUACUGUGGUAUAAAUAUGAUUUGGUUAACAUAAGAUUACUGUGGUAUAAAUAUGAUUUGGUUAACAUAAGAUUACUUUGGUAUUCACAUGAUUUGGUUAGCAAAAGAUUACUGUGGUAUAAAUAUGAUUUGGUUAACAUAAGAUAUGGUCUCCCGGCUGCAAACUAGUUGGUUAAUGCAUUUAAACCUUUGCUUGAGACAUUACCAGAUACCAGAAAUGAGACAGCACCGUGUGUAAGGGUCCAGUCAGUUUUGUAAGGGGGAAAGGGGGCAGGGCAGGACCACUGAAAAACAGGUUCUGGAGAAUUGUUUUAAAUUGAAUGCAAUUUUUAGUGGGGUCUUAAGAAAAGGGCGACAAGAAUUUUAUUUUUAAAUAAUAUUUGAUAUGCUUUUUAGGAUAAACGUCUAUGGCAAUUGUCCUUAGGACAGCCAUGAAAACUUUUUACAAGUUAAGGAAGGGUCACCAUGGAAACUGAAUUCAUCUGUUGUAUAUAUGAGGGGAAAGAGCAUCUCGGGCACAGACCCCUACGAAAAAAUUAUUUGUCUCUAAAGUUCAGCACAUCUUACACUGAAUGUAACCAUUGUACCAUCAUAUAGUGAGAUUUUUAUGAAGUGUGUUAGAAUUCUCUAGAUGUACAUAUACCGGUAUAUGUUUACCUCCAACACUGCUGAUGCCUUUUCAACAGUUGCACUGGCUGAUAUUUUUUAUGCAGUUUUUUGGCCAGGUAGUUUUUUUUCUCUGGCAUUUUUCUAAUUGUUGAGAAGGUAGAGUUUCAUAAUACCACCAUUUAUGUGAUAAACUAUAAGUGGGAUGUUGGCAUCCAAGGGAUUGGACAUAUUGUCAGUAAGAGAGUGAUCGAACAGGACGUUAUUCACAUGUACUUUUUAUAAGAAGUACCCUUUUCUGGUUAUGGUGCUUGACAAUUUUAAUUUUAGCCAUUUUGGAAAUUGAAUGAUUACCAAGUGUAUUAUAAGGCAUAUGUGAUAUCUUGGAAUGUGACCAAGAGUUGUAUUUGUGUUUGGGAGUUUAUGGGGAGACAUAUCUCAGUUUUCAUGCCAGACUAACUUCCUAACAGUGGAUUACAAGACCAUUUCCUGGUUUAUGGAUUGUCUUGGUCAGUAUGAAGAGGGUAGCGUUAUAAAAAUAUGGCAGCAUAAUCAUUAAAACAAGAACCGGUCUGGCUAAGAAACUGACCAAUAAGCAGGCAGGUUACAGUCUGUCUGGCUGAGAAAUUGACCAAUAAGCAGACAGGUUACAGCCUGCUCAGACAAGUCCCUGUGUUAAGAGGGAUAUUGAUGUACUUAUAUCCUUACUUACAUCCUAUGUUGUAUGCAUGUUCAAGUGAGCGAUCUUGACAUUGCCCGAACAUGUGAUUUCAUUGGUUCAUAAGAAGUAUUUUACAUCUGCAUUUCAGGCCUGAUAUUAAGUAAAUGGUUCAUUAUCAAUGUUUGGAAAUUUCUGCUACCAUGUAUAUGAUAAUGUUACCUUGAAAUGCCUGUCUUUUGGAAUUGUCAUCGUCAGUACUUCACAGGUGUGUUGCUUCCACAUCAGGCAGUUCACAAAAGGGACAUGUAAUAAGGAGGCCUGAUUUGACUUCUGUGAUGUAUGCAUGAACUCAUUAAUUUUGUUUGGCUGACUAAAUAAGACACCCAUUGCCAUAGGAGGGGUGGGGGUAUUUUUAUCUUUACAUAUUUAUCACAUGUGAUGAAGGAAAAUUGUGUUAAUGAGCCUUUGAAGUAUUGACAAUGAACUAUUGUUUGAGGAAGCAAGAAAAUGUUAGUAGGAAUUUUUCAUUUUCAUGAUUAUUCAUAAAUUUGGAACUUUUAUUUCCACUGUUUACUGCUGUGUGGGUGUAGUGUGUGUAAAAUUCAAAUAUGAAAUUGUCCAUAUUUUGAUUUGUUUUACCAGUAUGUAAAUAAUUGAUAGGCUAUACUGUUGAUUAUGAAAUCACCUGUUUCUUGAGAUAUAUAUUAUUUUACGAUUGUUAUAGAGAUAUAUUGCCUUUUGUUAUUUCUACACAUAUUCUGCAUAUUACGGGGAAACAUUCACAUUUGCCUUACACUGAAAUCCAAUGCACAUUUCCACGAUCCCUCUGUGAUUCAUAUCAGAAAGCACAUUCUGAGUUAUUAUUGUCAGUAAUUGUUGUGAAGUCAGAUUAAUAUGUUAUAUUUGAGUAUCUUGAAAAAUAUAUUUGUUCAUGCAGAUGACACUGACAAGGGGCAGCAAAUUGAAUGUGUAAGAUCAGAUUUACAAUUUUGGGGGUUCCAUUCUGACUAAUAAAAUAUGGCUUUUGUCACUCCUAGUGGAAAGAUAUCAAAAGAACAGAGGUGAAAUUAUGGCAAAGUAUAGAUUCAUGAGAAUUGAUUGCGACAAUAAUUUGUCACGUCUUGUAAAUGUGAUGCAACAGGAACACAGCCUUGAACCAGUCUCUGUAAGAUGGGUUUCAUUGCAACAUGGGCAGGUUGGGGGAGCGUUCAGGUACACAAACAUAAAUAUUAUCUCAAAACACUUAUGUAGAUGCAGGUUGGUGUGUUAAGCAUUCAGUUGAGAUGCUUGGUGGGUGUGAUUAAACUAUUACCCAGUCUGUAAAGAUUGGAUCUGGUAGAAUUUCUUCUGACUAAUGAGCUUGCUAGCUACAAGCCAUACAUUGAAAUCUUCUAGCACUUCUGGGCACAUAUCCUCCAAACAUUUGGGCAAAGACUGUUACAAACAAACAACAUAGGUGGAAAAAACAAGUUUGAAUCUGAUCUUGCUACUGUCAGUGUCUGUAUUUUGCUACAGUCAGUGUCUGUAUUUUGCUACUGUCAGUGUCUGUAUUUUGCUACUGUCAGUGUCUGUAUUUUGCUACUGUCAGUGUCUGUAUUUUGCUACAGUCAGUGUCUGUAUUUUGCUACUGUCAGUGUCUGUAUUUUGCUACAGUCAGUGUCUGUAUUUUGCUACAGACAGUGUCUGUAUUUUGCUACUGUCAGUGUCUGUAUUUUGCUACAGUCAGUGUCUGUAUUUUGCUACUGUCAGUGUCUGUUGAUUUAGGGAAUAUCAGUUUGUGUAUUUUCCAUGAAUAUAGUUUUACAAGCAGACAUAGCUCUGCCUGGAUCCAUGGGUAAUGGGUUUUUAUCAAUCCCAGGUUUGCCCUGAUUAUCAUCCUUGGUCUGUCAGCACCAUACACACGUGCAUGGGUUCCACGGAAGUGGAAAAUGUCCACGUCCCGUCACACUUUGGUGUUUGUCCCACAUUAAGCCGACAGGCGUAUUAUAAUGGAUGAACUGUUGAAAGUGUUGUUAAACUCGCUCAAUACAAACCACUCUGCCUUCUGUCCCAGUCAGCAUGUACACUGUACAGGGACAAGUAAAGAGGCAGUGUCGAUCAAUGCUUCUCCAUCAAACUUCAUUUACAGACCACCAGAAAUGAUAUCAAGUAAAACAGUUAAAGUCGAACACUUUUCUGAAGGCAGGAAAUUGGUAACUUGACAUUUUUUAGUAUACAAUUUUCUGACACCACACUGCAAAGUUCACUUCAAAAAGAAAUUACUUUGACCUGCUUGUUGGCCAGAAUUUAUUGAACUGCGGUAUUAAAAUGUUCAACUUUCAGAAAUAGAUAGCUAUUGAUAUAUGGUUUUUUUUACCUCCUUGGCAGUGGCCCAAUAGUUUGCCUUUGUUUAUAGGCUCAAACAUGAAAUAUAGCAUUCCAGUGGGUACACCAUGACGUCGGGCACUUGCUGAGUUUUGACUUCUUCCUGUCGACAGCAUGCUUGCGACUCUGUCCACCUGUAUGCCAGUACCAGCACCUUUUGCUGAAGUUUGUUGAUCAAGUUUACAGUCAGUGUUAUACAGAUGGUGCAGCAGCACCGAUGAUAUUUACAAAUUGCUGUCUGUUACACAUUUGUAAUUUUGAGUCUUGCUCAGGUUGUGAAGUAAACAUAUUCUGAGCAAAAGACAAUAUAUGUAUUAAUCCUGCGUACACCAUUAUGCCGUGAGGCUGUGUAUAUAGUAUUAAAGUCAACAUGUAUUGCCCCUCCUAUACUGAAGUCCAUGUUAUUGUUAAUUAUUUUCAGCAUGAAUUCCUACAUUAUACAGUUUAUGGUUAAUGCUGAGUGGACAUAUAUUUUGCAUUUACACAUAUUGUUUAUGUCCAUGAAUGAGGAAAGCCAGUGGUUGUAGACAUUAUUGCUAAAAUGGAUAGAAUUAUCAUUAAACCGCCCGUAUGUUAUCAGAAAUGAGCGGGCCACUGUAACUUGAUAAUGCCCUCAUAUUGCUUGACGACAGGCCAAUAUCACGCCCAUUGCUUGGUGACGUCAUAUGAUAGGGAUAGGUGACGUCACGUUCAGUAGUGACGUCAUCUGGUUUGUAAAAGAGGGUCAGUGACAUUCGUGUUGAUUGCAGUAAAUGUUUCAAAUCGU